AUGGCGUCGACAUCCAAGGUCAAGGCUGGUCAGCUCUGGGGAAAGAGCAAGGAUGACCUCAACACCCAGUUGGAGGAGCUGAAGACCGAGCUUAACCAGCUCCGUGUCCAGAAGAUCACUGCCGGUGCCUCGUCGAAGACCCAGAGAAUCCACGACGUUCGCAAGUCGAUCGCUCGCGUUCUCACCGUCAUCAACGCCAACCAGCGCUCCCAGCUCCGUCUGUUCUACAAGAACAAGAAGUACCUCCCUCUGGACCUCCGCCCCAAGCUCACCCGUGAGAUCCGCCGCAGACUCACCAAGCACGAGGCUUCGGUGAAGACCGCCAAGGACCAGAAGAAGCAGAUCCACUUCCCCCAGCGGAAGUACGCUGUUAAGGUAUGAGAUGAACGAACAUGAAAACUCGGGUCUUGCUUUCCGCCGCAGGGGAACAAUUCUACGAGACCGGAAAAUGGGAACCAAUUUACUGAUCGGUUUUUUUCGUCGAAACAGGCCUAAAUUUUUGUCGACGCGGUCGUGUCUGGAUCUGGAGUUAUGGGAACAUCCGUUACUAGAUGACGAGUUGACCUCAACCUUGU